AAUUCUUCAUUCAUAUAAAAAAUAUGAGUAUAUAACUAAACCAAAUUCAUUAAUCAUUCCGAAAUUUCAAUAAUCAAUAAUCAAUAUAAUCAAUCAUCAAUGGCCAAAAAAUGUCCUCCUUUUGAUUUUGCUACAAAUUAUUACCAAAACGCAAGAGAUGAUUGUGUGAGACAAACAAGUUUCUUUGAUGGAAAACCAGUUCUUAAUCAAGCUGUUGGUUACUCGGUUAUUCUGGGGUUUGGUGCCUUUUUUGCAAUAUUCACCUCUUUUUUGGUGUGGUUAGAAAAAAGAUAUGUUGGUUCACGUCAUACAUCAGAAUGGUUUAACACUGCUGGUAGAUCAGUUAAAACUGGACUCAUUGCUAGUGUAAUUGUCUCACAGUGGACAUGGGCUGCCACUAUUUUGCAAAGUUCAAAUGUUGCUUGGCAGUAUGGUAUUAGUGGUCCUUUUUGGUAUGCUAGUGGUGCUACUAUUCAGGUAAUUUUGUUUGGAAUAAUUGCAAUAGAAAUCAAGAGAAAAGCUCCCCAUGCUCAUACAGUCUGUGAAAUUGUGAAAGCUAGAUGGGGAACAGCUGCACACAUCACAUUUCUAAUAUUCUGUUUCCUUACAAACAUAAUAGUCACAGCAAUGCUUCUCUUAGGAGGUUCUGCUGUAGUAAAUGCACUUACAGGGGUUAAUCUAUAUGCUGCUAGUUUCCUCAUACCUCUUGGAGUUGUUGUCUAUACACUAGCAGGAGGACUCAAAGCUACUUUUCUUGCUAGCUAUAUACAUUCAGUGAUUGUCCAUGUGGUGCUGCUAAUAUUUGUGUACCUAGUUUAUACUGCAAGCAGCGAGCUUGGAAGUCCUGCUAUAAUCUAUGAGCGACUCAAAGAAGUUUCGAGUAGAUCAAGAUUAUGUAUGGAGCCAAUAUCGCAUGCUGGACAAUCUUGUGGUCCAGUGGAUGGAAAUUUCAAAGGUUCCUACCUUACAAUGUUGAGUUCGGGUGGACUUAUUUUUGGGAUCAUCAACAUUGUAGGAAACUUCGGAACUGUUUUUGUCGACAAUGGUUACUGGGUUAGUGCAAUAGCUGCAAGGCCUUCUUCAACACAUAAAGGCUAUUUGUUGGGGGGUCUGGUGUGGUUUGCUGUUCCGUUUUCGUUGGCAACAUCGUUGGGGAUUGGAGCGCUUGCACUAGAUUUGCCAAUAACCGUGAGUGAAGCAAGCCAUGGCCUUGUUCCUCCUGCUACUGCUGUUGCUUUGAUGGGCUCAGCUGGUUCUGUUUUGCUCCUCACUAUGCUUUUCAUGGCUGUAACAUCUGCAGGAUCAGCUGAACUGAUAGCAGUGUCAUCUCUAUGCACAUAUGACAUCUAUAGAACAUACAUAAACCCAUGUGCAAAAGGCAAACAAAUUCUUAAAGUUUCAAGAAUAAUCAUCCUAGCAUUUGGGUGUUUCAUGGGUGUACUAGCAAUUAUACUAAACAAAGCAGAGGUUUCACUAGGUUGGAUGUACUUAGCCAUGGGUGUUUUCGUAGGCUCAGCGGUUAUGCCUAUCGCCUUCUCCCUCCUAUGGAAAAAGGCGAACUCUCUUGGGGCAAUACUCGGAACCACACUUGGCUGUAUCUUGGGUGUGAUCACUUGGUUGUUUGUAGCAAAGAUCGAGUAUGGAAGAGUUAAUCUCGACACAACAGGAAGAAACGCGCCUAUGCUUGCAGGGAACUUAGUGUCUAUACUUGGCGGAGGAGCGAUUCAUGCUGUUUGUAGCUUUUUGUGGCCUGAUAACUAUGAUUGGGAUACUACGAAGAAGAUUCGUAUGGUCGAGAAGGAUAAAUGCGACGUUUCUUCUGAUGAGUUCGAGGAGGAGAAACUUAGGAAGGCUAAGAGAUGGAUUGUGAAAUGGGGGAUUGUUUUUACUGUUGUGAUUGUCAUUCUCUGGCCUUGUUUCAGCCUCCCUGCUGGGGUGUUUAGUUUGAAGUAUUUCACAGUUUGGGCAAUUAUAGCAAUAGCAUGGGGAACCAUAGGAUCAUUAGUUAUCAUAGCAAUGCCAUUGAUGGAGAGUUGGAAGACGAUCCAAAGUGUAUUGGGAGGCAUGUUCACGAACGACAGGCUUGUCGAAAGGAUCGACGAGUUGAAUUGUAAGUUGCACAGCAUCGUACUAGCAAUCCCUGAAGCAGAACGAGUCUAUUUGCUUGAAAAAGAGAAGGCUAAGAAGAAAGAUUUGUUGGAUGAUCAAGUGCAAGAAAGUUAUGAUUUAGCUUAAAUGGAAAGUUAAUAGUAAUACUCAUUUUCUAAUGCAAUUGUGCAAAAUAGGAGUAUUUGAUUAGUCAUGGACUUAAAUUUAUGGGUAGUUUUCUUUUGUCUUUGUUCUAUUGAUUAUUUGAUAAUACUAAUGUUUGAUGUUCUUGUUUUAUACUUCCUCUAUUUCAGAAUAGUUGCUA